AUGUUUCUUCUUUUAAUUAUUCCUCCCAUAUUUCUUCUUCUUUUCUCUCCUUCUCCUUUUCCUUCUUCUUCUUCUUCUUCUUCUUCUUCUUCUAUUUCUUUUUCUUUUUCCUAUGUUUCUUCUUUUAAUUGUUCCCCUCAUAUUUCUUCUUCUUUUCUCCCCUUCUCCUUUUCCUUCUUCUCUUCUUCUUCUUCUUCUUCUUCUUCUUCUUCUUCUUAUUCUUCUUCUAUUUCUUUUCUUUUUUGUUAUGUUUUCUUUUUUAAUUAUUCCUCUCAUGUUCUUCUUCUUUUCUCCCCUUCUCCUUUUCCUUCUUCUUCUUCUUCAUCUUCUUCUUCUUCUUCUUCUUCUUCUUCUUCUUCUUCCCCUUCUUCUUCUUCUUAUUGUCCUCCCAUGUUUCUUCUUCUUUUCUCUCGCUUCUCCUUUCCUUCUUCUUCUUCUUCCUAUUUCUUUUCUUUCUUAUGUUUCUUCUUUUAUUAUUCCUCUGAUAUUUCUUCUUCUUUUCUCUCCUUUUCCUUCUUCUUCUUCUUCUUCUUCCUUCCAUUUCUUUUUCUUAUGUUUUCUUCUUUUAAUUAUUCCUCCCAUAUUUUUUCUUUCUUCUCUCCUUCUCCUUUUCCUUCUUUUCUUCUUCUUCUUCUUCUUCUUCUUUCCUUUUCUUAUAUUUCUUCUUUUUUUUCCUUAUAUUUCUUCUUUUUAAUCCCUUCUCCUUUUAUUUCUUCUCUUCUUCUUCAUCUUCUUCUUCUUCUUCUUCUUCUGUUUCUUUCUUUCUUCUUGCUUUCUCCUUUUUUAUUCCUCUGA